UCCGGCCCUCCCUCCCUCCUGUUUCACACCGCUGCUUCCAACACCCUGCGCUGGUGCUGCUGAAGCUGAGGCUGACUCAUUCCCCAGUGGAUUCUCCAUGUAUGGAUGCUAAGGAAAAAGACGCCGUAGGCUGACCAAAGGCACUUCGCAAAACGAAGCGUACGGGCUGCUGAGGAGAUUCAAGAAGGAGGCACCGGAGGAUCCGGGCGCUGCUUUGAAUGGGCAGAGGACUCACCCUCCGCGGUCGUCGUGUCUGAGUUGCUGAGGUGCCAGGUGUGUGUCACACAGAUCUUCAGCUCUCCUGCUCACUCACACACCGUCUUGCAACAUGGCAACAGCUUCAGUAAAGGUGGCUGUGAGGGUCCGACCCUUCAACUCCAGAGAGAUCGGGAAAGACAGCAAGUGCAUCAUUCAGAUGUCAGGAAACACCACCACCAUCCUGAAUCCCAAACAGCCAAAAGAAAACAAGAGUUUCAACUUUGACUAUUCUUACUGGUCACACACCACGCCUGAGGACAUCAACUAUGCGUCCCAGGUGCAAGUAUACAAGGACAUCGGAGAGGAGAUGCUGCUUCAUGCCUUUGAAGGCUACAACGUCUGCAUAUUUGCAUACGGCCAGACGGGAGCCGGCAAAAGCUACACCAUGAUGGGGCGACAGGAACAGGACCAGCAAGGAAUCAUACCUCUGCUGUGUGAGGACCUUUUCACCAAGAUCCAUGGAAGCAAUAAUGACAACAGCAUGGGUUACUCUGUGGAGGUGAGUUACAUGGAGAUCUACUGUGAGCGUGUUCGUGACCUGCUGAAUCCCAAGAACAAAGGAAACCUGCGUGUCAGAGAGCACCCUCUGAUGGGACCCUACGUUGAAGAUCUGUCCAAACUAGCCGUCACCUCGUACAACGACAUCCAGGACCUGAUGGACUCUGGAAACAAGGCCAGGACCGUGGCGGCUACCAACAUGAAUGAGACCAGCAGCCGCUCCCACGCCGUCUUCAACAUCAUCUUCACACAGAAGAAACACGACAUGGACUCGGAGAACACGUCGGAAAAGGUUAGCAAGAUCAGCCUGGUGGACUUGGCUGGCAGCGAAAGAGCCGACUCAACGGGAGCUAAAGGAACCAGACUGAAGGAAGGAGCAAACAUCAACAAAUCUCUGACUACUCUGGGGAAAGUUAUUUCUGCUCUGGCUGAACAGGAAUCAAUACCACCAAACAAGAACAAGAAAAAGAAGAAGGUGGAGAGUUUCAUUCCCUACAGAGAUUCAGUUCUGACUUGGCUGCUGAGGGAGAACCUGGGAGGAAACUCUCGUACAGCCAUGGUGGCUGCCCUCAGCCCUGCUGAUAUUAACUAUGACGAGACCCUCAGCACCCUCCGGUACGCUGACCGUGCCAAACAGAUCCGCUGUAACGCGGUGAUCAACGAGGACCCCAACAACCGUCUGGUGCGUGAGCUGAAAGAGGAGGUGGCCCGCCUCAGAGACCUGCUGUUUUCACAGGGUCUGGGAGACAUCAUAGAGACGUAUCGCUGCACCGGCCCCGACAUCGCUGGUUUGAAAUACCUGUGCGAUUACAAGAACUUUGUGAAUAAUCGCCAGGCUGUCAAUCAAAGGGGUGAUCUCUCCGCAGUGUCCAAUGCCAUGACAGGAAUGAGUCCCUCCCCCUCGCUCUCGGUCCUAUCCAGUCGCGCCGGGUCCAUCAACAACCUCCAUGACCGCAUCUUCAGCCCGGCAAGUGAAGAAGCCAUCGAGAGGCUCAAGGAAACCGAGAAAAUCAUCGCAGAGCUAAACGAGACAUGGGAAGAGAAGCUGCGGCGUACGGAGGCCAUCCGUAUGGAGAGAGAGGCCCUGCUGGCUGAGAUGGGUGUUGCCAUGAGAGAAGAUGGAGGCACUUUGGGCGUCUUCUCCCCAAAAAAGACGCCUCAUCUGGUGAACCUGAACGAAGAUCCGCUGAUGUCAGAGUGUCUGCUCUAUUACAUCAAAGAUGGCAUCACCAAGGUUGGCCGAGAAAAUGCCAAGACUCGCCAAGACAUUGUUCUCAGCGGCCAUUUUAUCAGAGACGAACACUGCACCUUCAGCAGCACCACGGGCCCUCAGGGAGAAGGAUGUGUCGUCCUGGAGCCGUGCGAGGGCUCAGAGACGUACGUCAACGGGAAGAGAGUGAGCUCUCCCAUUGUUCUCCGAUCUGGGAACCGCAUCAUCAUGGGGAAGAGCCACGUGUUUCGCUUCAACGACCCGGAGCAGGCUCGUCUAGAGCGAGAGAGGACGCCGUGUGCCGAGACGCCGGUGGAGCCCGUCGACUGGGCCUUUGCUCAGAGAGAGCUGCUGGAGAAACAAGGCAUCGACAUGAAGCAGGAGAUGGUGCAGAGGCUUCAGGAGCUUGAAGAUCAGUACCGCAAAGAAAGAGAAGAAGCAAGUAACCUGCUAGAACAGCAGCGACUGGACUAUGAGAGUAAACUGGAGGCUCUUCAGAAACAAGUGGACUCUCGAUACCUGGAGUCUCCUGAGGAAGAGGAGGAGCCUGAAGAGGAAGUGCCGUGGACGCCACGUGAGACCGAUUUGGCUCUGUGGGCUUUCAGGAAGUGGCGUUUUUACCAGUUCACCUCUCUCAGGGAUUUGCUUUGGGGCAACGCCAUCUUCCUCAAAGAGGCCAAUGCUAUCAGUGUGGAGCUGAAGAAAAAGGUGCAGUUCCAGUUCGUGCUUUUGACAGACACCCUCUACUCUCCCCUGCCCCCCGACCUGCUGCCCCCCAGUGUGGCCAAAGAGAGGGAGAGACGACCUUUCCCCCGAACCAUUGUCGCCGUUGAAGUACAAGAUCAGAAGAACGGAGCCACACAUUACUGGACUCUGGAGAAACUCAGGCAGAGGCUGGACCUGAUGAGGGAAAUGUACGACCGUGCUGCAGAGCUCCCCAGCAGUGCUGUGGAGGACUGUGAUCACGCUCUGACCGGAGGCGACCCCUUCUACGACCGCUUCCCCUGGUUCCGUCUGGUCGGCAGGGCUUUUGUGUACCUGAGUAACCUACUUUACCCGGUGCCCCUCGUACAUCGCGUGGCCAUCGUCAGUGAGAAAGGAGAGGUGAAAGGCUUCCUCAGAGUGGCUGUGCAGGCCAUUUCAGCUGAUGAGGAGGCCCCAGAUUAUGGCUCUGGUGUGAGGCAGUCGGGCACUGCCAAGAUCUCCUUUGAAGAUAAACAGUUUGAAAAGUUCCAAACCGAGUCGUGUUCUGGUAGUCUCUCGCACUCCAACACCUCCCAGGAGGAGCUGCGGUUCGUGGAGGGAGAAGGACAGACCGCAGAGAUCGGAAUCUCUGCCGAUGAAGUCAACAACAACACCUGUCCAGCCGACAUAGAAGCUCCUCACAGCCCAGUGAAGAGUUCAGGUCUGGCUCUGGAUCUUCCCCUGGACCUCUCCCCGGAGAAAGCUCUGUCUCACCUGAAGAUCGGCAGCACCUUCACCUUCAGAGUCACCGUCUUACAGGCCUCCAGCAUCUCAGCCGAGUACGCUGACAUCUUCUGCCAGUUCAACUUCAUCCACCGCCAUGAUGAAGCUUUCUCCACUGAGCCGCUGAAAAACACAGGCCGUGGACCUCCGCUGGGCUUCUACCAUGUUCAAAAUAUCACAGUGGAGGUGACAAAGUCCUUUGUUGAGUACAUCAAGACUCAGCCAAUUGUCUUCGAGGUGUUUGGUCACUAUCAGAAACAGCCCUUCCCCCCGCUCUGCAAAGACCUGAUCAGUCCCCUGAGACCUUCCAGGAGGCAGUUCCCCAGGGUGAUGCCUUUAUCCAAACCAGUGCCGGCCACCAAGCUCAGCACUCUGACUCGCUCCACCGCAGGACCUUGUCACGCCAAGUACGACCUCAUGGUCUUCUUUGAGAUCUGUGAGCUGGAAGCUAACGGAGACUAUAUCCCAGCGGUUGUUGACCACCGAGGUGUGAUGCCCUGCCACGGCACAUUCCUCUUACAUCAGGGCAUCCAGAGGAGGAUCACAGUUACCAUUGCGCAUGAAACAGGAAGUGAUAUUGAGUGGAAAGAGGUGAAGGAGCUGGUUAUUGGUCGUAUUCGAAACACGCCAGAGGCCGAUGAGACCAUCAUAGACCCCAACAUCCUUUCCCUCAACAUACUGUCUUCUGGAUACUUCUGGCCAAAACACAACGACAACGUCUCCUUGGGAGUUGAUCAUAGAACCUUCUACCGAUUUGAGGCAGCAUGGGACAGCUCCAUGCACAACUCUCUGCUUUUGAACAGAGUCACUCCCUAUGGGGAGAAGAUCUACAUCACCCUCUCGGCUUAUCUAGAGAUGGAGAACUGCACUCAGCCAACAGCAAUCACCAAAGAUUUCUGCAUGGUGUUUUACUCCCGGGACACGAAGCUGCCAGCCUCUCGCUCCAUCAGAAAUCUCUUCAGCACCGGCUGCCUCCGGCCCUCUGAGAGUAACCGUGUCACUGGCGUCUAUGAAGUCACCCUCUGCCACGUGGCGGACAAUGGAAGUCCAGGCAUGCAGCGUCGUCGCAGGCGUGUGCUGGACACCUCGGUGGCGUACGUCAGAGGAGAGGAGAACCUGGCUGGGUGGAGGCCUCGCAGCGACAGCCUCAUCCUGGACCACCAGUGGGAGCUGGAGAAACUCAGUUUACUGCAGGAGGUGGAGAAGACCAGGCACUACCUGCUGCUGAGGGAGAAGCUGGAGGCAACUCUGCUGGCAGGACAGGAUGCGCUCUACAAGAGCAGCGACAUCAGCGAUUUUGCAAAGAGCCCCGUCCUCAGCCACAGUCCCGGCAGCAGCCCUGCCCUCGACUCCCCCAACCAGAGGCAGAGGGAGCUGGCUGCCAAGUGUCUGCGUCUGCUGAUGCACACCUUCAACAGGGAGUACAGCCAGGUGAGCAGCAGUGCCAGUGAGAGCAAGCUUUCUGAGAUGUCUGCGUCCCUAAUGAGAGACUCCUCCUCCUCCGGUCUGAGCACACUCACUCCGUCCUCUACCUGCCCCUCACUGGUCGAGGGAAAUUAUGAUAUUAGACACACUGAACCCAGUUCAGGAGCUUCCACACCCGAUCUGGACCCGUACAGCCCAGUAGACAGAAAGAAAACUCUCAGAGGAUGCACCUUUGUUCCUGACAUACAGGAGAUUCGUGUCAGCCCUAUUGUGUCAAAGAAAGGCUACCUGCACUUCCUGGAACCCCACACCAGCGGCUGGGUGAAGCGCUACGUGGUGGUGCGCAGGCCCUACGUCUACCUGUACCGCAGCGAGAGGGACAGCGUGGAGAGAGCUGUCAUCAACCUGUCGUCUGCAAAGGUUGAGUACAGUGAAGACAAACAGACCUUACUGCGGACUCCCAACACGUUUGCUGUGUGUACUGAGCAUCGUGGGAUACUGCUGCAGGCCACCAAUGACAAAGAGAUGCACGACUGGCUGUACGCUUUUAACCCUCUGUUAGCCGGCACCAUCAGGUCAAAGCUCUCCCGGAGGAAGUCGGUCCAGUCGAUUCCGUCGCCCACAUCUGCUCCGAGGAUGUGAGAGGUGAACCUUGUGGAAAACAACAGACAAAACAAUCUAUGCUCCACUCAGCAUCCCGUUCUAAUGAACAUAGACCAUAUAAACAAACUUAUACAUGAAAGCGCUUAAAUAACCUUCUAUAUGACAACUGCCCCGGUCCCAAACAUCACUCGAUCACUCAUCCCUAAACCCAACCCUGUCCUUUUUCUCUUUUUGCAGUCACCACCUCAAACCCUGCAUGGAGUGCUCCCUUAUGACCUGUAGAAGACCCCAUUAAUAAACUCGCCUCUGCUGGGCAUUGGGACUUUGAUUAGCUUUCAUGCCGAAAUCUGUCAUCUGUGAGGCUACCAGAUCCCUGUAGAGAGUUAGUAUGUGGUCAGUCCCUCCUUCACAAAUAAUAACAAAAAUAAGCCCCAGUUUUAAAUCAACCAUCCAUGUAUUUUUAAUUAACGCCAUUGGGUGAGUGGGAAAUUGCAAAUAUAAAAGUGGAUUGUUUUUGUGAAAGUGCAGGGAUGAUCGCUCAUUCAUUCAUUCAUCCAUCAUACACUGUACAUUACCUCAGUUUGUUGUUUGUGUCGUUUCUUUUCAAACUGAUUCCAUGAAAACUGAGUUUGUUGGCUAGAUUAAGGCAAAAUAAUCCCUUAUAAGGAGAGAUAAUUUAUGUCCUUUGCCUUGUUCUCGUUAUACACUUCUUCUUUUUUUAAUUAAUAAUCCCACUUGCGUGGAAUUAUAAAGGAUAAUGUUAUUUAUUGUUGCUAUUGUAGGUUUUCUGCACUGUUAUUUAUUUGUGACAGGACCACUGACCAGUUUUGUUGCAUGGCACUUUAUUGUCUCUAUUGAGUUAAUGUAUUGUACCAUUUACUCAUUUGUUUUAACCAAAGCAUUAGUUCUUGUUUUACUUGUUUCAAACCAUUGUUCACUGUGCUGCUGUGCUAGCAGACAUUUAAGAUGUUGAAGAAAUAGUUUGAUGUUUUGGGAAAUACACUUAUUUGCUUUCUUGCCGAGAGUCAGAUGAAGAUUGAUACCAUUCUGUACAGUCGGUAUAUAUGAAGCCGCAGCCAGUUAGCUUAGCUUAGCAUAAGGAAUGGAAGCAGGGAUAGACAGCUAGCCUGUGCAAAAGUAACAAAAUCUGCCCACCAGCACCUCAGAAACAAAACUGAAGUGUAAAAAUGACAUUUUACAAUUUUCAGAUGCGCCUGGCUAUUUCUUGGCCACUUCCAGGACAAAAGAAGAUACAAAUGAGAUUUAAUGUGUACAUUUGUGAGCUUUAAAGGUGUUGGUAGCUGGAUUUCCAGUCUUUAUGCUAUGCUAAGCUUAGUAUCUUCCCGGUACAAACCCGACUGUACCAUCCUCACGAGGACGCAGUCCCCAUACUGAGGUGUAGUACUGAGUUUUCCUCCAUCAGGGAACAUAAUUAUAUGCAUAAUCUCUGUAAGGGUUACUUUUGGAAAAAAGACAAAUACGCAUAUUACCCAACUCAUUACUUCAACUAUUUCUUUAAACUUAUCAAUUAUACCCAAGUUAACCUAAGAUGUUUUACUAUUUACUAUAAAUACACCGGGAGGACAACUGCUCUGUAUGUGGGUAGUUUCAAUUAAAUCAAAUAAGCACUUAUUCUGUCUGCUACAGUGAAUAGGUUUCCUAUUUAAGUCUCCUCUCCUAGCUAAAUGGAAAGUUGUAACUGACCAUGGAUCUGUAAUCUGUUGAAGGCCAUUGCUUUGAGCGGACAAGAGCGUUGUCCAAGCACCAGAUAGUGCCUCCCUUUCUUUACCUCUCUUUCUUCUCUCCCUUCUUCAUCGCUGUCUUUGACAUCAACACUGAAGUCGGUUACACGUGUCCAAGAUUAAGCUUUUAUGUAGAGUAAAAGUAGAUGCUGUGAAUCUUUUUUUUUAUAUAUAUAUAUUGAUGACCUAUGUCAAUGUUUUGGAGAGUGAAUGUUAUUAUUGAUGCUAUAUAGUAGCUGCAACAGUAUACAGCGUGUAUCUCAUUUUCAUUGGGCUAUAAAUGUUGCAUUUAAAAGCAAUCCCCCUGUUGGCUUUUGUAUUGUAGCUGCUAGAUAUUGGACAGCUUGAUGCUCGUCAGAAACCAGUCCAGUAUGAUUAGCUUGGUGUUGUUAUGACUUGUAUGUACAGGGAUGGUUUCUAGUCACUUUCUACCUGCUGUCUAUUAUUUUGCAUUAUACCAAGAUGACCCCACAUUUUAGUUUGAGAUCAAUAUUACCAGUGGAAGGGAAAAAAGUAACUCAAAUACUUUACUAGAAAGAAUGUUUAAGGUUGACAUUAUUUUUUAAUUUGUAUUGUGUUAAUUGCUUUUAAAGGGAUACUAUCUACAUCUGUUUUCACCUCCUUCUUCUUCUGUAAAUCUCUUUUAAAGAUGUGGUCAGCCAACCAUUUGGUCUUUCCAAUUUUCCUCUUAUUUCUCAUUUGACUGGUUAGGAUCAGCUUUUUGUUAAACCUGAUCUAUAAUCAGAUAACUCUGUAAGCCACAGGCCAACCAACCUGUUGAGCAACGCAGCCUAAUACCUAUAUAGUAUAUACGUUUUUUAAUAUAAAAAAGACAAUUAAAAGUUUAUAUUUCAAAUUUAAAUGUAGAUCAGUUGCUACUCCCCCAGUAACUUCUUUGAUUUUGAUAAUGAUAUCCUGUCUGUCAGCAGAGAAAAUAAUGGGAUUCCAUCCAUACAUGUUUGGGUCAUUUUGGUAUAAUAAACUUGGCUUGUUUUGUAAAAUGCCCAUAGAUAUAGUAUAUCUAUAUAUACACUGUAUGUUAUCUGUUGCCACAGAAGACAAAUGGAAAGUUUUAUUUAUAACAUUUAGAAGGAUGGAUUAUGUUCUUGUAAUAUAUUGCACUCAUGCACAAGGCAUCUUUAUUUAAUAUAAUUUUGUAUGAUGAUGUUUUAACAAUGUAUGGAAAAUACUGGUUUGUGUUUUUAAAAAAAAGAUAUUCUGACCCCGUCCUGACUGGAGAAGAUUUGAUCUCAUAGAAACUGUGCCAUGUUUGCUUCAGCAAUGAAACCACCAACGACACUGCACUAAAUUGCAUAGAUUUUUACAACUGGCAGAUGACUUGCAAUGCUUCCAACCCUAAUAGUUCAAGGGUAUCAUGUUUAAAAAACACUUUGUGAGACAGUUUUAGGGCACUGGCCAAUGUUGAAAGGUAAAUGAGUUGAUUAUUUUAUAUUUGGCUGGUCAUAGCUCUGGAUCAAAGCAUGCAGGUCCACUUAUAUUCUGCUGAACUCUGUCCCUCUCUCCUGCCUUACUGCUUGCUUAUGAAAACAGCUCUUCCCCCCCCCCCCCCCCCCCCCCCCCCCCCCCGAAGUGCUGCUUGUAAAGUAUUGUCAUUCAUGAUCCUUGUAAUGACUAACUGGAAACCUUCUUCUUGGCUCUGUCUUGUAUAUAAAUGGAGAUUUUCUGUGUUGGGUCUCAUCACACAGAUGAUAUUAACUCUCUCUUCCUCUGUAUACCAUGAUGAAUAGGAAUAACUGGCCUGCUGCUUCGUCAAGUCUCACCCCAGAGUAAAGAGUGCAGAUCAGGGAACAGUUUUGCACAUUUCAGCUCAGUGUGUGUGAGGUGGGCAUCAUGGACCGAGGAGAUGAACCCAGGUCUGCCACUCUUGCUCUGAGCUGCUUGACAGACGCAGAAACAGGUCUCAGCCUGCGAUGAGGUCUGAAUCGCAGUGCUCACGUUUAUCUUCUGAGUGUUCUGGAAUUCUUUCUCAUGUCUGUGGACACGUAACAAACGUAAAGAAAAAAAAUAUGGCAAAUAAAUGAGUGUUAAACUUAUGCAA